ACAAUAAUUUCACAUAUAUUGUUUUGUUCUUCUCCUUGGCUUCAAAUAUUUCCUUGUGUGUUGUUUUGGCCGGUGAAUCACGACGGUGUAGUAAUUAAAGUGGCGGCCAAGCAAAGGUCUUCUUCGGAGCCAGGAGCCACGUUAAGCUCGGCUGCUUCAUCGUCUCUCCGUUUGAUCCUCGAUCCCGAGGAUGGAAUCGAUAACGACGUCUGGUGCUGUGCGUCCAUUGGCGGGGACGUCCUCUGGGAAGGAGGGCAUGAAAGAAGAGGUUGUGCGACUUGGAGUUGAGCUCUCACUAUCUAUUGCUGAAUCGAUGUUCUUGCUUUCUGAUGACAUUUAUACUUUAUUAUGGUUCUGCUAUAAGUUAUGGAGAGGUGUAAUACCCUACCGGAAUCCCGUGUUAGAAAGGGUUCUUUGUGUUAUUUACUAUAUCUACUCUAAACAUAUCAAACCCAAGAAUGGAGUGUAUCAGGAUGGUGGCAAAUCGGUCCAAUGGGAAUUUAUCAGAAACACAUGGAAGGAUGUUUCUGACGGAAUCAUUGUUUUGCAUCGCCUGGAUAUGCUUCUAAGAAGAAAAGAUAGCUCCUUUGAUGACACAUUUUUAUCGUCGGCUUUUGAAAAAUACAAGCAACAAGUGCUAAAGAUGUUAGAAGAUAAAUUGAGCCCCGCAAAGCAGGUUUCACAGGCGCAUGGGUUUGCUAGGGAGACGUUAGAGUCUAACAUUGUUGACUUUUGGAAGUCUCUCUUUUAUGAAAAACCACUAUCGAAAGUGGUAAGGAGUAGGAUUCUUAGCAACCUUUUUACACCUAUUUUGGGCAAACUAGUGCAUAGUGAGAUGCAGGCACUCCCCAUAUCUUCUCCUUACAUUCUAGGGAAGGAUUUUGCAAUGCAGGAACUGAAAGAGGAGGUUGUGCGACUAGGAGUUGAGCUCUCGCUGUUUAUAGCUGAAUCGAUGUUCUUGCUGUGUGAUGACAUUCGUAUUAUGUUAUGGUUCUGCUAUAGACUAUGCAGGGAUGCAAAAAGGGACGUGACUGGUGAUAGUCCCGUGGUGGAAAGGCUGCUUCGUGUUAUUCAUUAUGCCUACACAAAAGAUAUCAAACCGAAGAAUGGAGUGUAUCAGGAUGGUGGCAACUCAGUCCAAUGGGAAUUGGUCAAAAACACAUGGAAGGAUUUUCUUGACGGAAUCGUAAUUUUGGAUCGCCUGGAUAUGGUUCUAAGAAGAAAAGAUAGCUCCUUUGAUGACAGACUAUUAUCAUCAGCUAUUAAAAAUUACAAGCAAGAUGUGCUGAAGAAGCUAGAAGAUAAAUUGAGGUCCGCAGAAGAUGUUUCAGAGGCGCAUGGGUUUGUGAGGGAGACGUUAGUGUCUAACAUUGUUGACUUGUGGAAGUCUCUCUUUGAUGAAGAAGUAACACCCAAAGUGGUAAGGAGUAGGAUUCUUAGCGACUUGUUUACCCCUAUUUGGGGCAAACCAGUGCAUAGCGAGAUACAGGCACUCCCCAUAUUUUCUCCUUACAUUCUAGGGAAGGAUUUUGCAAUAAAGGAGCCGAAUGAGGAGGUUGUGCGACUAGGAGUUGAGCUCUCACUAUUUAUUGCUAAAUCGAUGUUCUUACUGUGUGAUGACAUUCAUACUUUAUUAUGGUUCUGCUAUAAGUUAUGGAGAGGUGUAAUACCGGCCUGGAAUCCCGUGUUAGAAAGGGUUCUUUGUGUUAUUUACUAUAUCUACUCAAAACAUAUCAAACCCAAGAAGGGCGUGUAUCAGGAUGGUGGCAAAUCGGUCCAAUGGGAAUUGAUCAGAAACACAUGGAAGGAUUUUGCUGACGGGAUCAUAGUUUUGCAUCGCCUGGAUAUGGUUCUAAGAAGAAAAGAUAGCUCCUUUGAUAACAGACUAUUAUUGUCGGCUAUUAAAAAAUACAAGCAAGAUGUGCUGAAGAAGCUAGAGGAUAAUCUGAGGCCCGCUGAAGAGGUUUCAGAGGAGCAUGGGUAUGCUAGGGAGACAUUAGAGUCUGAUAUUUUGGACUUGUGGAGGUCUCUUUUUUAUGAAAAAGCACUAUCCAAUGUGGUAAGGAGUAGGAUUCUUAGCAACCUUUUUACACCUAUUUUGGGCAAACCAGUGCAUAGAGAGAUGCAGGCACUCCCCGUAUCUUCUCCUUACAUUCUAGGGAAUGAUUUUGCAAUGCAGGAACUGAAAGAGGAGGUUGUACGACUAGGAGUUGAGCUCUCCCUAUUUAUAGCUGAAUCGAUGUUCUUAUUGUGUGAUGACAUUCGUAUUAUGUUACGGUUCUGCUAUAGAAUAUGGAGCGAUGCAAAAAGGGACGUGAUUGGGGAUAGUCCCGUGGUGGAAAGGCUGCUUUGUGUUAUUUAUUAUGUCUAUACAAAAGAUAUCAAACCUAAGAAAGGAGUGUAUCAGAAUGGUGGCAACAAUUCGGCCCAUUGGGAAUUAAUCAGGACGACGAGUGAGAAUUUUGUUGCUGGAUUUAGAGAUCUGGAUCGCCUUGUCUUGUUUCUCAGGGGAGGAGGAAUAUGUGGCCGAGAGUUUAUGUCUAGUAUUGAAGAAGAGGUGAAGGAAGUAGGGGAAAAGUUGUGGUUUGUGAAGGCUGUUUCUGAGGCGAAUGGGUUUGGGAGGGAUGUGAUGAAGUCAAACUGUUUGGACGUAUGGAAAUCUCUCUUUGACAAAGAAGCCAAGGAAGCAACACUGACUCUGAAAGCGAUAAAGAAUGGGAUCCUUCUUGACUUGUUUCUCCCUCUAUAUAACGAAGCACCACCACCUUAGCGACUAGUUUUAUAUGGUAUUUGGCUUUAGAUAUCGCAUUAUGAAGAGAACUCAGAACAAUAUCAUCUAACUUGUGUAUGCCAUCUAGUAAAUAUAUCUUUUGAUAUCUUAAAAGAUGAAAGAAAGUAGAAGAACUCUCAGAGAAA